CGAACCAUACUCGGUCUUGGUACCGCUGACUGCUAUCACUCCAGAACAUAUAGAUUAUCAGAAGCCCCUGACUCGAGCCCAUCAAGCCGUCCGGUUGUGCACUCCAGUGAACACAUUGUCUUCCUAACUUCAACGAUGCGUUUCAUCUACGUUUCCCUCCUUUUGGGCUCGGCCCUUGCUAUUCCUUUGAACUCGGCGGCCCCCGGCGCAGUCAAAGUCCGCGAAGCUGAUGCAGACGAUAACGUUCGAAAUUCAUGGUCUGCGCGCGGACAGCUCUCGCCAAAAGACGCCGACGAUAACGUGCGCAACUCGUGGUCCGCGCGUACCCAGUUGACCAAAGACGCUGACGACAACGUUCGCAACUCGUGGUCAGCCCGUGGACAGGUCUCACGUGAUGCGGACGAUAACGUGCGCAACUCGUGGUCUGCGCGUGGGCAGCUUACACCCAAGGACGCCGACGAUGAGGUGCGCAACUCUUGGUCGGCUAGACCUCGUCAGUAACCAGUUCUUCGAGGGACAUAUCGAGAUACCUUGCAAAGCUUGCUUGUGAGCGCUACGACUACUUUGCGUUGGUGGGCACCGCUCGGCACGGCACGGCACGGAUAAAUCGCCACUACCUUCAAGUAGCUAGUUACGCAGUAGCUUCUUCACUCAAUCCAAACCUUAGCAAGACCACAAUGAUACCAUGCAACACGGAUUUCUUCAUUCACAGGACGCUGCAUUUCUUACAUUCUUCAUUUCAAUUGAUCCUCAUAGCUUUCCGGCGUCGGCGCCGAUUCGGGUCUCUGUUCGUGAUGCGUAAGCCCGUCACGCAUGGCCAUCACUUCCGCUUUCGACC